CGAAGACAUCGUCCACCACCUCCGCAUCUGCACGCUCAAAAACUCCCAAAUCAUCAUGGGCGGCUCCGCCGUCGACCUCGACACAAAGGACUUCCCCCGCGUCGUCGGCGAGUACAAUUUCCUAGUCGUCUGGCGCCUGUGCCUCCCCUCCUGGCUCUUCGAAUGGCUACAAUACGCCCCGAUCUUCCCCCACGCCCGCUUCCGCGUGCAAUCCAGCGACAAGCUCUUUGACCUCGGCGAAGCCCUCUGCAAGCAAGCCGCCCAAGCCACCCCAGACACCACCGCCACUGAGACAAACGUGCACACCCUCUUCACCGACCCCACCGCAAAAUACCCCACGCAAUCCUCCUGGUCCAGCCCCGAACUCGGCGCCGAAAUGGCCGGCCAAGUGCUCGCAGCUACAGAAACCACUUCUUCAGCACUAGCUUUCAUCUACUACGAACUCGCCAAGAACCAGCAGCUGCAAAAGAUGCUGUAUAGAGAACUCAUCGCGCACGAGGGCUACGAAGACCUCGACACCCUCAAACUCCUCGACGCAUGCAUUAAAGAAGGCCUGCGCUUCCGGCCCCCCGUCGCCCUCACUGGAAGCCGUUGCAUCCCCAAAGGCGGUCUCGAAGUCCUGGGGUAUUACCUACCCGCAGGCACAGUAGUAACGACACAGAGUCUCUCCAUGAGUCGUCAGCGUCCCGAUCUAUUUCCAGAUUUCGAUGCGUAUAACCCGCUGAGAUGGAUGGAUGAGGAUGACGAGUUUAGUGCGGAGAGGAGGAAGCUAGUGGUGCCGUUUGGCGUGGGUGCGAGAAGGUGCCCCGGAGGCAAUAUGGCGACGUAUCAGAUGAGGCUUAUUCUUGUAGCGACGAUUCGGGCCUUCAAGAUUACGCUGGCGCCGGAGACAACGCCACAGGCUAUGGAACCAUUCGAGGCGAAUGGGUACAGGUCGAGGCAUGAUCGGUGUGAUUUGAUCUUUACGCCGCAUACGGUGUGAAGGUAGUGAGAUCGAAGGAAGAUGUGGGA